AUUCCGGAACUGUCCAACCCGUCCGUGUGUAUGAAGGAUCCCCAGAGGGUACAAGAGAUCCUCCAGUCCAUCUUGGAGGCUGGCACGAACACCUUGCAGGUGAUCUCAGAUUUUGACAUGACCCUAACAAGGUUUUCUUACAACGGAAAGCGAUGUCCUACCUGCCACAAUAUUCUUGACAACAGCAAAGCCAUCUCAGAUGAAUGCAGAGGAAAGCUGGAUGAACUCCUCAAGACGUAUUAUCCCAUCGAGAUCGACUCGUCACUGUCUGUAGAAGAGAAGCUGCCUCUGAUGGUGGAGUGGUGGACCAAAGCUCACGACCUCCUGGUGGAGCAGAAAAUCAGAAAGGACCAGCUGGCUGAGGCGGUGCGCGAGUCUGAAGCCAGGCUGAGGGACGGCUACGAGCUCUUCUUUGACCACCUGCACGAGCACGGCGUGCCUCUGCUCAUCUUCUCCGCCGGAAUCGGAGACAUCCUGGAAGAGGUGAUUCGGCAAUUUAACGUCUACCACUCCAACGUCAAGAUCUUCUCCAACUACAUGGACUUUGACGAGUCUGGGGCGCUGAGGGGCUUCCAGGGAGAGCUGAUUCACGUCUACAACAAAAGGGAAGGCGCGCUGCUGAACACGGGCCACUUCCAGGAGCUACGGACACGACCCAACGUGCUGCUGCUCGGAGACUCUCUCGGGGAUCUGAACAUGGCCGAUGGAGUUCAGGAUAUGCAGAGCAUCCUCAAGAUCGGGUUCCUCAACGACAAGGUGGAGGAGAGAAAACCGUCCUACUUGGACUCAUUUGACAUCGUGUUGAUAAAAGAUGAAACGCUGGAGGUCCCCAACGCCAUUGUUCAUUAUCUCACUGGUAACAAGUGAGCUGCGUUCUGGCCACACCCAGAAACCACAGCGGAGCCGUGCGUCUUCAACUGGGGCCUGUGGGAUUUUUACUCGAGAGUUACGUGAUGGGUUCGUUUUCUGGACUGAAACCUUCACACGCCUGCGUGUGCAUGUGUG